AUGGUUAAACCGGGACACACCCACUCCGGCCGCCAAACGGGAGUCUGUGCCCGCCACUGCCUGGACACGGUCAAGUGGCUCCGGCCGUUUCCUCCUGCUCCUGUUUGCUCAGAGGAGCCAGACGGGUGCCCCCCCCCCCCAGAAAAACAAAACACAGUGCUCGGACUGCCUCUGUUCGUGCGGCCGCCGGCGGUGCUACAACCGACCACAAUAGGGAGGAGUGGACCAGCCGGAGCCGGGCGGGCGGUCUGCUUUCCACGGGGAUCACUGCUCGCUGCCGUCCCUCCAUGCGUCAGGAGAAAAAGCUCAAUGGAUCAGGAAUCCGCGGCGGCGGCGGCGUCCGGGGCCGGCUUCCUCUCCCUGAGCGAGCGCGAGCACAGGUUCUACUCGGGGCUGCGCGCGCUGUGCCGCGCGGACGCCUCGGGCAGGCUGUCGUCCGGCAAAGUGGCCGAGCUGUUCACCGCGUCCCAGCUGCCCCCCGAAGCCCUGCAUAAAGUGACAGAAGUGUGUGGAGCCAAGCAUCUGGGUUACUUUGGUACUCCUCAGUUCUACGUGGCUCUGAAACUCCUCGCGGCUGCCCAAUCAGGUCUGCCCAUCCGCCUGGAGAGCGUAACCGCCAAUCUACCUCUGCCCAGAUUUGCGGGGCUGCAGAAUGAGCCGGAGAUGCGAUACGCCGCGGCCCCCCCGGGUGGAGACGCUCCGCCCGCUCCGUGUGGGCCCGCGACCGCUCCUGUCCCCUGGAACCCGGCCGAGCGCAGCUGCUUCAGGAGCCUGGAGGCCAGCGCGCCAGACCACAAGGAGUCCUGGUCCCCUCCUGGAUCCCCGUGCUCCUCCCCAUCGCACUCUCCUCUGACCUACCGACGCUACCCCUACGCCCAGCAGAGGAACGGGGUGGACGCGCACACCGCCUAUGAGAGCCAGCGCUCCCCGCGGCGGGCGGUCCAGCCGGAGCAGCAUCCGUCGCCCGCCCGCUACGGAGGUCAGCCCGCUGCGGAGCAUCCGGCCAUGGCCCGGGCUCCCUCGGUGGAGCGGCUGGAUCAGCAGGCUGCGGUGGACCACUCCGACGACGACCCCUGGAGGAUCACGGCGGAACAGUUGGAGUAUUACACCAAUCAGUUCAAGAGCCUUCAGCCCGACCUCGGGGCGCUGAUCCUCGGAGCCGUGGCGAAGACCUUCUUCACUAAAUCUAAGCUCCCGAUAACAGAGCUGUCUCACAUUUGGGAGCUGAGCGACGUGGACAGGGAUGGAGCCCUGACCUUCUCCGAGUUCUGCAUAGCCUUUCAUUUGAUAGUGGCUCGUAAGAAUGGUUACCCUCUCCCGGAGAGCCUCCCCCCGGCCCUGUUGCCCGGGUUCCUGCAACCUGAAGAGGACAUACCCGACACCCCCGAGAGCGCGGAGCCCCUGAUUGUCUUUGAGGACGCGGAACCGAGGCCUGCCCCGAUGGAUCAAAGCGUCACAGAGAGGGUUCAACCAAGCUUUGCCACCGUAAAGCAAGAUCUAGAGGAACAAACCAGCAAACAAGAUGUUGGUGUGAAAAGUUUGACGGCAUCUCGAGAAAAAGCGACUCUGCAAUUGGGGACUUUUUCCGAGAGGCCAGAGCCGCCUCAUGAUCUGGACCCCCAGAUGAGGACCAAAACCAGACCGAGGUCCUACUCCAGCACUUCCAUCGAGGACGCCAUGAAAAAGGCGGAGGAGCCUCCCACCCCUCCCCCCCGGCCGCAGAAGUCCCACUCCAGGGCCUCCUCGCUGGACCUCAACAAGCUCUUCCAGCAGGGCGCUCUAGGGAUCAAGAGUGGCUGGCCGCUGCCUCCUCCGGCCCUUCCUCCGAGGCCGUCCAGCUCACAGGUGUCUGCUUUCGCCAGCGUCUUGGAGAAAACUCCCCAGAAAAAAGCGCCGCAGCCCAACUUCGCCGACUUCAGUCACUUCAAGGAAGAGGAGGAAAGCAGUUUGAAAUCUCACGAGCAGGCAGCCAGUCCUAGGUUUGGACCAAGCACUGAAGAUCUGACAAAUACCUCGAAACAGGAUAUCUCUGGAACUUCUCACAAUCAGCCACCCCAAAAGCCUAUCCGCAGGAAAUACCACCCGGAGAGCCAGAACCUGGAGAGUGUGCCUCCCCCCGCCAUGCCAUUUCCCACCCCCUCCAAACAGAGUCAGAAGCUGCUGGCCAGGCAAAAAAGGGAAAUCCAGAUGGCCAUCCGAAAGAACAAGGAAGCCAAUGCGGUGCUGAAACGCCUCAACAGUGAGCUGCAACAGCAACUUAAGCUUGGUGAAAAGCCCCAAGCCGGACUGUCCGCUCCCCUGGCCAUCACUCACAGCCGAACUAAUGGCUAA